UUCGGGUUCUCGGCGGCGUCUCUAUGGUUCGGACAGCCUAGAGGGGCAGAAACGGCACUUCCGGGAAGAUGGCGGCGCCCGGUCGGCUCCCGCCCAUGUGUCUGUGCAGAGGACCCCGCAGUUGACGGAUGAAAUUCUUCUCCUUUCCCGGUGAGAGUCUGAGGACAGAGUCUCCUUGCUCACCAUGAGUGUCACCACAGAGGUCAAGAGUCGUGGGAUGAAGUUUGCCGAGGAGCAGCUGCUCAAGCAUGGAUGGACUCAAGGCAAAGGCUUGGGCCGGAAGGAGAACGGCAUCACCCAGGCCCUCAAGGUGACCCUGAAGCAGGACACGCAUGGGGUGGGGCAUGACCCUGCCGAGGAGUUCACAAACCACUGGUGGAAUGAACUCUUCAACAAGACUGCAGCCAACUUGGUGGUGAAGACCGGGCAGGAUGGGGUACAGAUAACACACCUUUCUAAGGAGACUGCUGGACACCGUCGCCCCAAACCUAACUUGCUGUAUCAGAAGUUCGUGAAGAUGGCCACACUGACUUCAGGUGGAGAGAAGCCAGACAAAGACCUGGAGAGCUGCAGUGAUGACGACAGCCAGGAUCCCGUGCCCCCAAAGAUUCUGACCGACGAGAUGCUGCUUCAAGCCUGUGAGGGGCGAACAGCACACAAGGCUGCCCGGCUCGGGAUCACCAUGAAGGCCAAGCUUGCUCGGCUAGAGGCCCAGGAACAGGACUUCCUGGCUCGUCUCAAAGGCCAGGACCAUGGGACCCCUCAACCACAGCCUGAGAGCAAGCCCCACAAAAAAAAGAAAAAGAAAAGGAAGCAGAAAGAGGAGGACGAGGCCACAGCAAUGGAAGGGAACGCAGAGGAGCAGCUCCCAGAGCACACUGGCCAGAGCUACCGGAAAAGCAAGAAAAGGCGACAUCAAGAAGACCAGGUCUCAGAGAGUGGGGGGGCAGGACUGAGCGCGCUUGGGGAGGUGAGUGGAGAGCACACAGAUGCGGCCCUGAGGAAGAGGAAGAGAAAGAAGAGACACCGUGCAGAGGGGGAAGAUGAGGUCACAAGUGGGGUCAGGACGAGAGAGGCAGACGGCACCACAUGCUCUGAGCCCUGCCGCAGGAGCAGGAAGAAGCGGCAGCGUGAGGACUGGAACUUGGAGGGUGAACUCGAGGAGGCCAUGGCAGUCCAUGGGGACAGAGCACACAGUGACCAAAGUGGCAAGAAAAAGAAGAAAAGCAGGCGGCAUCCGGAGGAGGUUGUGGCUGGGAGGGAUGAAGGUGAGGAGGACAGCAGGCUGAGGGAAGCAGAGGGCAGGGCACAGGCCGACUUUGGCAGCAGAGGCGAGAGGAGGCAGCCCCGGCCAGAGAAAGAGAGAGCAGCUGACGACGAUCGAAGAGCCAAAAAGAAGAAACAGAAGAAGCGCGAGUGAGGGUUGCUCAGGGUGGGGCCUAAACAAGUCCUUUCUAGGCGUGGGAGCCUCAGCGGUGGGUUGAUGCAGGUGUUCUGCACCCCAUAAUUGAGGGCCCCCACAGGAAGCUACUGAGCUCUGGAACAGAGUCUGCUGAGAGGAGGGCUAACAUGCCUCAGCUGAGGGAGCAGGCGCAGUCCUGGAGCUUCUGACCCCAGGACCGCACGCAGGCCUGUGGGAGCCUGACGGCUGAGGGGUGGGGUGCUGGGGGGUGUGGGAACAGACGCUGGUGCCCUGCUAAAAGGAGCUGAGGCUAAGGAAAACAAAAAUGUCAGUCUGUGGGCUAGAUUCUGCCCACAGAGGCCAGGACAUCGUUACCAGACAGGAGAAUAAACGGCAGCUUGGGCUCCUAGCCUACAGAUGAGUCUGACUAGCACCUGCGCUCCCACCUAGGAGGGUCCUGGAUAUUCCCUGGUUUUUCCUUAGGCCCCCGAGCACCUCCCUCGGCUUCUAACAGUCACCUUCGCCAUGUCCAAGGCCACAGCAGCCCCUAGCCGGCUUAUCCCC